UUGUGACGCGAUCGCGACCUCAAGGAUCGGCCAAAGUUAACCCGCUUACCAAAGUAACCACACUCCACACUGUUAAAGUAUUACGUACGUUAUAGGUACGUUAAAUGUAAUGGUGGUUAUAAAUUUUUUAUAUUGUUUUUAUAGCAAACCAAACACAAUCGGCAUUAGAUAUUAUUCUCUACAUCAUUGACAUUAGUUAUUAUACAGUUCAUCAUAUUUAAAAAAGAAUUGUGUGAAGAACAUUCAUAUAUGCAUUAUUUUAGAUGAGUUUUAAGGCAUUUGAGGUAACAAACGUUAUCGAACAAAGUAAUUUUGGCGAUAAAGUAAAAGGUACAAUAUCUUGUCUAGAUGUUUCUACAAAUAACCUUUACAUCGGAACUUCUGACUGCUUUUUAUCGCAUUUUGCCUUUGAAAAAGGAAUUUCUCCAUCAAAUAAAGCAACAUUUAUUAGUAAGUUGCAAAGGCACAAACACCUUGGUUUUCAAAAACCAAUUAAGCAGUUAAUAGCAUGCUUUCCUGCAUGUCAAUUACUUGUGCUUUGUGAAAGUAAAGUUUAUGCUGUCUCUAUGAUUGGUUUAGAAUUCAGAAAUAAUUCAAAUAAGGAGAUUUUUAAGGGAAUAACAGUUAUGGCAAAAAACAAAAAUCCACAAAGUUUUAAUCCUGAUGAAACACAAUUAUGUUUAGGAACCAAAAAGAAAACGAUUCAAGUUGUCACUUUUUCAAAAGAUAAAAUAUUUGUUUUAAAAGAAGUUAAUCUUCCAGGUAUACCUUUAACACUGUCUAUAGAUGCUCAAACUGUUUGUACUGUGCUUGACAACCAAUAUUAUUUAGUUAAUUACAUAAAAUAUGCUAUCCAAGAGUUGUUUAUUUUUGAAAAAGGACAUGUUUUACCAUUAGUUAAAUGUAUUGGAUUCCAAGAAUUUUUGCUGAAUGGGCCGACAGAUACAAUGGGUAUGAUUGUUACAGCAGAUGGUCUUUCAUUACACCAACCUUUGACGUGGUCAGAGAGUAUUUUGUCAGUUGCAUGUAGUUAUCCAUAUAUUUUGGUUUUAGGCAAUAGUACUGUUACUAUACAUAAUCUAAUUGACCAAAAACAAAAACAAACCAUGCUUUUUACAGGUGGAGUUUUUAUUAAUGAUUACAAUGGUGAUGUUUAUAUUGCAACACAAAAAUCUGUAAUGGCUUUUAUUGCUGUUCCUUUAAGUAAGCAAAUACAACUGCUAGUUGAUAACAAACGUGUGGAAGAAGCAUUUGAUUUACUCCAAGUUGCUAGAAAGCUCAAACAAUGCCCACCUAAUUUUGAUAAGCAAAUCCAAAUUCAAGCUGCAUUUAUAUAUUUUUUGGAAAAUAACUUUGAAAAAGCAUACAAGUUGUUUGUUGAGAGCUUUAUGGAUCCUCGUGAACUUAUAGUAUUGUAUCCUGAUAUUAUGCCAAGAAACUCAACUUAUAUUCCUUCAAAACCUUCAUAUCAUUCAAUUCCAGAUAUAAUGUUUGUUGUAAAAAAUAGUCAAACUGCAUUGAAAGAAUCUAAAUUAUUACUUUUAAAAUAUUUAGAAGUUAUUAGAAAACAUCAUAGUGAUUUAAGUUUUGAGAUUGAUACUGCACUUGCUAAGAUUUAUAUAGAGUUUGAUCAUCCUUCUCUAUUUGAAUUUCUUUCAAAAGAAAAUAAUGCUUUUGUUGAAGAAACCUUGUCUUGGCUCCAAAAGUAUAAUCAGUUUCAAUGUAUGGCUUUCUAUUUUGUGUAUCUAAAACAACCACAGAAAGCUAUGGACAUAUGGAACAAACUUCAAAGUAAUAAACUUCAUGAUGAUAAAUACACUGGUAUGUCAUGUAUUAUUGACUAUUUAUUAAGUGUAGAUAACACAGAGCUAAUAUGGAACAAUAUCAAGUGGUUGUUAGAUAACAAUGAAACAUUAGCUGUAAAAGUUUUUAUUAAUCGAGACAUCUUCAGCCAUGUUCAAGUUUUUAAUUUUUUACAUAAGUUUCCUAUUGCACUUCAAGUGUAUUUAGAGUAUCUAGUUAUAGAUAAGAAAAUUGAUGAAGAGGUAUUUCACACCCAUUUAGCAGGUAUGUAUAUAGACCAUGUUUUAAAACUUUUAAAUGAGAAUAAUCAAAUAAAUGAAAUAAAUCAUGAAAGGAAAAGACUUCAAAGUUUACUAGAAACUUCUUCUAAAUACAAAAUAUCUACUUUACUAAAUAAAAUAUCUGAAUACCCUUUGUACCAUGAAAGUGCUAUUCUCUAUGGAAAACUUGGUCAACAUGAUAAAGCCAUGAAAAUUUUAGUAUACAAACUAAAAGAUUUUGUUGCUGCAGAGCGAUACUGUGACAUCAUUUCUGUAAAUAAAGAUAACAUUUUCAAACAACAUCUUUUUCAUAUGCUUCUUAAUGUUUACUUGAAUCCUGUUGAAAAUGAAGAUGGUGUUAGAGCUGAACAUCUUGUAGAGCCAACAAUUCAACUACUUAAUAAAAGACGAGCUGAAUUCAAUUCGGUUUCUGUCUUGAAAAUUUUACCAGAAGAUUGGUCAGUGGGAUUAAUUCAACCUUUUUUGUCUGGAACUCUGCGAGAAAUGUUAUGGAAAGAAAGAAAAUCAAAAAUAGAGUCAAGACUGUGUAGUCUGCAUUAUUUAAAAACCAAAUUUUCUAAUAUUUCUUUACAAUCUGGAUAUUUUAAAAUGACAGAAGAUUCAUGUUGUGACUUUUGUUUGCGCCCCUAUACUGAACCUAUAUUAGUAUGUUAUCCUAAUAAAAAAGGUUUUCAUCCUCACUGUUGUAAAGAUAAAUAUAUAUGUCCAGCAACUAAAAUAAAUUUUAAAUGAAUAUUUAAAAAAAAUUUUAAUUUUUGAUUAAAGUAACCAAAAUUUUUUUUGAAUCACGGUGUUCUUUAUGACUUUAAUAUUGUUUUGUAAAGUUUAAUUGACUUGAUGUAUUUUUCAGUAAUGCUUUGAUGUCUGAUUAAUUUGAAAAAAAUAAGUUGCUUUUAAAUUAAAAGUUUUAAUAAGUUGGUUUAAGUUUAUUCUAUAACCACUUAUAAUUUAAAAACAUACAAAAUAUAUUUUGAUUUUAAAAACAAAAGCAGUUCAGUCAGUCUCUCUAAUAUUGGAUGUUCUGAUGUUCACAUUCCAGGUUUCUCUAAUUAUGUAAAAUUAUGUAAUCCUAAUAUAAGUAAUUGGUAGUUAUAGUUAUGUCAAUAAAAAACAAUUUGUGA